AUGUGGUUGUCGAGGACAUCGCUCUUAUUGGUACUAAUCGGGCUGGCGAGCUCUGAAAAGAAUAAUGAGGACGAUGCGUCUAGUAUUUUCAUCGAGGAAGCUAAAAACCUCUUUUCUCAGCAAUCGCUCGAGGACAUGGCCCAAACGUUUGCACAUUCAGAUGCCGGCAAGCAAGUUCGCGACAUGAUGUUCGAAAAAAGAUCCGACACGGCGGACGGUAUCAGCCAGAUCAUUUCUGGGAUCAGUAGUUUGAUGUCAGGUGGACAAAAUAAUCAAGGCCUCGACUUAUCAACUUUGGGUUCAUUUCUGAACCUUUUGAGUGCUGGCUCGAAUAAGAGAUCGGCAAGAGAUACGAAACACAAAGGGGAAUCCGGCAUAGACUGGGGAAACAUAAUCAGCAUGGGCAGCAUGUUCUUGCAACAAAAUGCAAACAACGACGUAACAUUGGGUCUCUUGCCAAUGCUUCUAGAUUCCUUGGGUCAUGGAAUGAAAGACAACGAUACUGGGAAUAAAGAUCAUUCAGGACAUUCCUGGUUUUUGCCACCGAUAUUGGAAAACGUUCACGUCAUGUGGGAUCACUUCAGUAAUUCGGAACUCGGGCAAACGUUAUGGAAGAAUAGUGGUCUGUCGAGGGUAUUUGCUCAAAUGACGGACGAGCAAGGUAACAUUCUAUGGGAGAAGGUCUUAGACAGUUUUGAACAUCCUACUACACGCCGAAGAGGGGUCAAGUCGCUCACGAAUUUUGUGGCCGAAUGGAUCUCUCACAUUUCUGAACCAAUAAAUCAGCAACGCUACCUCACGACCGUGCAAUUCGUCGGUAACAGCUUUUUAAAAUCUCAGGGAUUACCAAAAACAAUGAUGUUUGAUGCUUCAAAACCAGCGGAGAGUCUCUCCAGAUUGAUAAACGGAUUGGGGAAGAGAUACCUGAACUUAAAGUUCGAUAGCUCACAGUAUGUAAGACCGGCGGUAGCGUAUUUCCAGGAAUUAAUAAGCUUGGCUUCUCAAAAAGGAUUCAUUAUGUCCCGAAUAAAUGCACGAGAGCUAAGCAACAGACUAAGCGACAUUAUUAACAAUGAUUUCAUCGGUCCUGUUCUCAAGUCGUACCGAGCGUAUAAAUGGGCGACGAAAGUGCCGCAAUGUGCUAGUCAAAUCUUAUGUACCAUAAAUGAAAAAAGCCAGCAACGAGAGGACGGAGGUAACGAAGCAUUUACACGCGUACGUAGUGCAUUACUGAGGGUGGCAAGUUUUCCAGCGGCCUGGGCAGUCAGUAACAAAUUAGCAAUCAAUUUUUGGCCCCUCUACGCAGCCAUCAUGGAGCAAGAGGGAUGCAUCAACAAGUAUCCAGCAGAUUGUACUGCAUUCUAUGAAGAGGAGAUCAGAGUGACUACAGAAAACAUCCAUAGCGAACUAUGA